AUGAAUAUCGAAUCUCAAGCACCGACAGGCGUCGAUCAAGCCAAAAAGUCCGCCUCUACAUCCGCCCCACCAACAGCUGGUAACAUCAGUUCAGCCGCAACCAUCGUUAACCAACCACCCCCAUCAUCAACCGCCGCAAACCUGCCCCGAUCCAUGACCGAAGGUUCCCCGCUCCUACUUCGUCACGAGGGUGGUCUUCAAGCAUGGCUAGUCGUCCUGGGCUCAUUCCUGAUCCACUCGUUCGUCUUUGCCCCCACCGAAUACGUCUUUGGUAUCUUUGAACACCAUUACUUGACCAUCUUUCCCGAAUCGAGUCCGUCGUCGAUUGCGUUCGUGGGCUCUGUCGGAUCUGCGGUGACUUAUCUUGCGGGCUUUUUGGCGGGGAUUGUUGCGGACCGGUUUGGGUUCCGGUUGACGGCCAUGACUGGAUCUGUUGUUAUGACCGUUGCGCUCGUCCUUGCAUCCUUCUCCACCCAGGUAUGGCACUUGUACCUGACACAGGGUGUGCUGUUCGGCAUCGGCGCCUCGCUAGCAUACUACCCAGCCAUUGCAGCACCUUCUCACUACUUUUCUCGAAAGCGUGGUCUCGCCACGGGAAUCGCAGUAUCGGGUGUGGGUGCAGGUGGAUUAAUCCUGGCACCGUUGACCAACUCCCUCAUUGGGCAUUUCGAUAUCUACUGGACUCUCCGGAUCCUUGCCUUUAUCUGCUUUUUUAUCUGCGGCGGUGCAAGUUUGCUGAUCUCGGAGAGCAAGGAGCAUUACGCUACCAAAGAGUCGAUCGAGGAUGAUGUGGAUGAGAAGCCAGAGGGUUCUAUUGGUGAGGACAAGUCCUUCUUUGAGGCCUUGAAGGUCUUCAAGGAUCCCCAGUUCUUGUCUUUGUCUGUUGCAGAAUUGGCUGCUUCGAUCGGAUUCCUUAUUCCUCUGUACUACAUGCAAACAUACGCGGUGUUCAUUGGAUUGUCGACAGAGAAGGGCGCACUUAUCCUGGGCCUAACCAGCGGCGCAUCUCUCACCGGAAGAAUCCUCCUCGGCCUAAUCUCCGACUACGUCCCCAACUCCUAUGCCCUCCUCUUCUGCUCCUGGGCAACAGCUCUCGCAAUCGUCGUCCUCUGGACCAUCGCUCGUUCUUUCGGAAUGCUCCUCCUCUCCGGACUCAUUUUCGGAUUCUUUGGCGGCGGUUACUUGUCUCUUGUCCCCGUGGCGGUUGCAGAUUCCUUUGGAACCAUGCAGAUGGCUUCUACGAUCGGACUGAUGUAUGCGGCGGGUGGAUUGGGUAUGCUUGCGGGUGCGCCGUUGGCCGGGUUCUUGUUGGAUAUUACAAAGCCGGAUAUUUCUUAUUUGCCCGUUACGUUGACGGCGGGAGGGACGCUGGUGCUGGGUGCUGUUGGUGUGACGAGUUGGUUUUUGUAUAACCGACGGGCUAGGAAGGCGCGUAAGGCUGCCGCUGCUUUGCGGGCCGAUAGUUCUUAG